GAUAGAGCGAAAAUGGAUACAUAAUCUCCAAAAUAUUAUUAAUCUCAACCUCGGUCAAAAUCCAAAUAUCUAUCAAUGAGGGCAUGGAUAUUUACUGAAUUUUCAAUGUGUUCUGCUAUCGGUCCCAGGAGAGGAAGGGCUGUAGUUGUUGUUUGGUGGGGUUCAUCGAGAGUUUCCUGCAUGGAAAGAGCACUGGGACAAAACAAGCCACAUCCACAGAGCUGACAAGCAGGAACAAUGGACGUGGAGAUCAAGAAGGGGAAGAAGGGGUUUGUGUCUCCUAUCAAGAGGCUGGUGUUUCCCAAGAACAGGAGGCAGCAGGACAGGAGCAGUGUGUACAGGCGGCCACUCCACUCCAUCACACUCUACCCUCCAGAUUACCUCGUCGACCCUGAGGUCCUGCUACACGACUACCUGGAGAAAGAAGUCAAAUUUUUAGGUCAUUUAACAUGGGUGUCAUGUUCUUUAAACCCAGCAAGCAGAACUGAAGUGUUGCAGCUCCUCGACACAGCGAGGGAGCAGAAGCAGCUGCCCUUGCAGACAACUGCGGACCAGGACAUCAUCCUGAGUCUGUCUGCUCGCUGUCUCCUCCUCACCUGGCGCGACAACGAGGAGCUGAUCCUCCGGAUCCCCACACACGAGAUCGCCGCCGUCUCGUACAUCCACGAUGAUGCUCUCCAUCUACUCGUCCUGAAAACAGGUCUCGGCGUGGCGGCGGUUGCAGCCGGGGGCAGCCUGGAGCGGAGAGCGGCGAGCGGUGGCGGCGGCGGGGGCGGCGUGCCCGACGGGCAGGAGGCUGCGCCCAGCGGCGACAACCACUGCAACCUGGUGAUCCUGGCCAUGGGCAGCAGGGACUCAGCGGAAGAAUACUGUGCUCUGAUCUGCCAAGUAUUCCGUAUCAUCUAUGGGGACCAGACGAUCGAGUGUGUGGACCGUUCUGGCAACAAUUACACGUCGACCCCGGACAGACGCUGGUUAAUGGAGAGAAGUAACAGCGGGCAAACCACUGAGACCUACGGGUACGAGGCGGACUUCAGCUGCUGCAGUUCAUUUAAUGGAUCGCAGGACAUGUUCGACCCGUACUGCCGCGACAGCUCCUCGCCAUCAUGCCACGACUCGCAGUUGAGCCUGGGCACAGUGGGCAGCGAGAGUGACCAGAGUCAUACUGGGGCUGAUCUGCUGCAGGACUACAUGGCCACCCUGAGAACAAAGUUGUCCCCUGAAGAAAUCCAGCAGUUUGCGCUGCUGCUCCGAGACUAUCGCACGGGGGCCUCGGUUGAAGAUUACUGCACAGAACUCCUGCAACUUUAUGGAGAGAAAAGAAAGUUCCUCCUUUUAGGAAUGCGAGCUUUCAUCCCCGAUCACGAUGCCAGCUACUUCGAGGGAUUUCUGGACACGAUUGGGAUUAAGGACGGGAGAGGGAUCCUGACGGAUAGCUUUGGAAGGAUUAAACGGAGCAUGAGCGACACGUCUGCAUCUGCCGUCAGAUCCUACGACAGCUGGUCGGUGCCGUCAGAUACGGACGGUUUUGAAAGAAUAAUCUCGAACAUCACACACGACAUUGAAGCAUUGGGAUGUGACGCAGAGGAUGAUUUAUUGUGACAGAUGUAUAACUACAUUUAAAAGGCAUUCGGACAAGUCCAGGGACAGUUUAGGAACAGUUAAGUCCAGGAACAACACCGGAAAUUGGAGGAACAGCACCUCAUAUUCCGCCUGGGCAGCUUGCAUCCGGAUGGCAUGAAUGUUGAAUUCUCCCAAUUUUGCUAGCCCUUGCUGUCUCCUCACUUCCUUAACCCUCGAGCUGUCUCCUCCCAUCCCCCUGCCCUCUGGCUCCUCCUCCUCCUCCCCCUUUUCCUUCCUUCUCCCCUCCCACCCCCCCAUCAGUCUGAAGAAGGGUUUCGGCCCGAAACGUCGCCUAUUUUCUUCGCUCCAUAGAUGCUGCUGCACCCGCUGAGUUUCUCCAGAAAUUUUGUGUACCUUCGAUCUUCCAGCAUCUGCAGUUCCUUCUUGAACACAGUUUAGUGUGAGUUUAGCUUCUGGUCACAUGUACUGAGUGAGGUACAGUGAAAAGCUUUUGUUGGGUGCCAACCAUACAUGACAAAGAAAAAGACAAUACAUGAUUACAAUUUGAGCUUAGAGUUUAGAAAUGCAACGUGGAAACAGGCCCUUCGGCCCAGUGAGUCCGUGCCGGCCAGCGAUCACCUGUUCACACUAGUUCUUCCCUACGCACUAGGGACAAUUUUUCAGAAGCCCACAAACCUGCAAAGGUGUUUGGGGUGUGGAAGGAAACCGGAGCACCCAGAGAAAACCCACGCGGUCACAGGGAGAACGUAGAAACUCCGUAAAGACAGCAACCGUGGUCAGGAUCGAACACGGGUCUCUGGCCCUGUGAGGCAGCAACUCUACCGCUGCACCACCGUGCCCUGCAUGUAGAUAAUAAAUGUAGCAAUUUCACAGCCCAUCAUCAUAACUUUGCUUUAGAGAGGCCAAUAUCUCCAUGAAAUUUUGAACAGAUGAAUUUCAAAAGUCUGCAGUAACCAUUCGCACUAGCGCACGGCCCCACAACGUGUCCACGUUUAUACAAAAAGCUUUUUUGCUAAGCUCUGCAAAAUUAUAAUUUUAUUAUGUAAAAAUAGUUUGCAUUUGGUUUCGGGAGUUGACGAAAGCUAAGAAAAAUGUACAAGGAUGUGAAUAAUAUAUGUUAUUUGGAAUGUGCCUUGCGAGAAAAUUGAAAUUAUUAUACAUAUUUUUAUGUUAAAAUAGGUGUAAUGAAAUGAAUGAUAUUGGUGAAUCUGUUCUGAAGCCAUAGGUGUGACCUCACAAUAAUGUCAAUGUAAUAAUGACUGCUUUAUGGCACAAAGCACAGACAGAAUUACUGGUGGAAAAAUAAAAUCACAAACAAAUUAUAU